CCCGCCCGCGCUCCCGGGAAGUCUCGCGAUGCCGUAGCCGGCUGCUCCCGAUGCGGGUGGUUCAGGCUGUUGCUGUGGUUGCCGGAGUUGCGGCGGCGGCGGCGCGGGUGGAGGUGGCGGCCCCGGGCGGAUGUUGACAUUGUGUUGUUGUUCCUGCCCACGGUAAUGGCGGCUGCUGCCCGGACCCUGGCUCCUCAGUAGCCCCAGCGCCACCGCCGAGCUCCCACUCCGCGGCCUCCGCGUCCGCUGCCUCACCAGCCGGUCCUCGGCGGCCGCCCGGAGCCAGACUCCCGGCGCGGGUCUAGCAGGCGCGGGAUGGCUGAUUUCGACGAGAUCUACGAGGAGGAGGAGGACGAAGAGCGGGCCCUGGAGGAGCAGCUGCUCAAGUACUCGCCUGACCCGGUGGUGGUCCGCGGCUCCGGUCACGUCACCGUAUUUGGGCUGAGCAACAGAUUUGAAUCAGAAUUCCCUUCUUCAUUAACUGGAAAAGUAGCUCCUGAAGAAUUUAAAGCCAGCAUCAACAGAGUUAACAGCUGUCUUAAGAAGAACCUUCCUGUUAAUGUACGCUGGCUGCUCUGUGGCUGCCUUUGUUGCUGCUGCACAUUAGGUUGCAGUAUGUGGCCAGUUAUUUGCCUCAGUAAAAGAACACGAAGAUCGAUUGAGAAGUUAUUAGAAUGGGAAAACAAUAGGUUAUACCACAAGCUGUGCUUGCACUGGAGACUGAGCAAAAGGAAAUGUGAAACGAAUAACAUGAUGGAAUAUGUCAUCCUCAUAGAAUUUUUACCAAAGACACCAAUUUUUCGACCAGAUUAGCAUUUGCUUUAUUUAUAGAGACUCUUGGAUAUGCUGUCUUUCCAAUGGUGCCUUGCUUGGUGCUCUCCUGGUGGUGACAUGACAUUGGUUCUACAGAAUCGGGUGGUGUUUUUUUAUUUGUUUUGUUUUGUUUUUAAAUAACCGCAUGUUCUAUGUGUGCGUAUUUGUCAAACUUUGCAAGUUAUUUCAUACAGAUGUUUAAUACUUAAGUUAUUGUGCUCUUUCUGUUAUGUAUUCUGAUUUUCAAGGAUUACUUUUUGUAUUCUCAAAAAAAAAAAUAUACAUUUGAACUUAGCAUAAAAAGUGGCCAGCCUUUUUUAUUUUAUCACCAAGGUACACACAACCCUUUAUUUAUAAAUUUCUUAACAUUAGAAAAACAUUUUCUAUCUACUCUGGCAAGCACACUCUUUGUAUUAGUACUUUUUUCUUCCCUUUAAAAUUUACCAUAGUAAUUACUUUAAAACGAGUUUUAAUAGCUUUUUGGACCUGACAUGACUUUUCUCAUACAGUUUCUAAUACUUUGUUUACAGCAGAUAUAUCUAUUAAUGUUAUAAAGAAAUAUUAAAGAACUUUGAAAAUAUUUCUAUAUUCAAAGGCAGUAAGGUAGAACUAAAUUCUUUUUACUAGACAAAUCAGUGAAUGGUCUGCAUGUAUCUAAAGAUCCAGAGCUCAGGUUCACCAUAGAGUAGCAUCAGUCUAUGUUCAUUUUCAAUCAGGAUGAUAGUGAUAACAGCCUUACUUGAGUUAUUUUUAUUGUUCAACAAAUCUUAUAUAUAAAAAUAUGAAUUACCCCUUUAAUAAAA